AUGCCUGCGAGUCUUCCCGCGGGUGCGUCGAGCUCGCCGGUGCCUUGUCCUCAUCGCGGCAUGGAUCUCGCGAGGCUGCCCUGCUUGCUUCUGCUCGCCGCGGCGAUCGCGGCCCCGGCGCUCGCCGAGCCGGGCCGCCUCGCGCGGCCCAAACGCCACCUCGUCUUUCCUCGGGGCAGCAACGUGCAGCUGGUUUACUGUCUGACGAUCGGGGCUUACGCGCCUCGCCAAGGAGAUUUGGUGCUAGGACUGACGGCGGCACUCGCUUGGGAAUUGCCUAGCAAAGUCGACGAGAAACUGACGGGCCUCCUGCACCGUCGCUCCAGGGCCGCCGUUUACCCUAAAAUCGAAGCGUUUCUGCACUCCGUGGGUCUGGAUGGUAGGUCCUGUGUGAUGAGAGCCCUCUGCGAGGCCGGCCAGCGCAGCCCGUCGGACCUCGGCACCGGCAGCUUCCUCCAAGAGCUCCUCCACGCCGUUUUCACCAUGCACGACGACGGCAGCGUCUUUCAGCAGCCGGAUCAGCGCCAGUACGACUCGGCCCGCAGUUCCGGCGGCCAGUGCGCACGGCUCUACCCGUCGUGCGAGCACUCCAUCUACGAUUUGGACUUCUGA